UUAAUAAAAAUUACUAUUCCAGGUUAAUUCAUGAUAAUAUUAAUAAUUUACUGUAAAUUCCUCUAAUGUAUGGGGAAAUGGAAUAAAUAAUUUAUUUUAUUUACAGAUGGAUUCGGUCGGUAUUAGAGAAUUAAAUUAUUUAAUACGUCAUCUCGACGACGAUUCCCUUAACAAAGUCUUGACGGAAUUAUCUAAAAGUAGUAAUGUUUCAAACAUCAUCAAAGAAACAGCCCCGGAAAUUUAUAAUAAAUACGUGAUAGACUCUGAGAUGGUGUUGCAUGAGGCUACUGGGUUACAGUUGAUGGAUGUUGACGUUUCCAGUGACUCUGCUGACGGUGACGUGCAGCUUGAUUCCUGUGACCCUGAGGCUGAUUUCGACUACAUCGCGGUGGCUAAACUUGUCCCCCUGCGGCUCAGUGUCAUUGAGCGGAAGCUGAUGCGUUUACUGGAGAGUACUCUCACAAUCUCUGAAUACACAGAUAAAGUCGAUGUGAUUUCAAACACCUCCAAGAACCGUGUUAUCCUAAGGGAAACCAAGGAGAUAUUCGCAGUGCUGACUGCGUUAGCAAUUGCGUACAACUAUGACGCCGGGAAGAAGCUAUUGAACGAGCAAGACUACUACAGUAACAGGGAGUUUUUUUGUAAUAUUUUUGAAAUUGGGCGGAGGUAUAAGAUUUUAAACCCUGACCGCAUGCGCUCAUCCUACGGGAAGUUAAUUUACUUUCUAAUGGACACACAAAAACCUGAAAUUAAAGAAAUUCUUAAUUUUAACACUGUGGUACCCGUUAACACUGUUUACACUUUUCUACAACGCAAGAAAAACGGACUUAAACUACUCAACGAUCCAAACCUCAAACACGCCAUACAAUGUAUAAUACCUGAGAAUAAGAGUCGUGGUGAGAUAGACAUGGAGAUCCGUAAGAAGGAGGACGCGAUAAAAUAUUUGGUGAAUAAGUACUCGACAGUGCAUUCCACCGCUGGCAGGAUGUUAAACUUCUCAUUCCUGCACCGUAACUUCUAUUCCAAGCUUUGUUCCCACAACAGUGAUGAUGACAGUACGUCUGAUGAUCCGGAAUUAAGUGGCGAGGAUAUUGAAAAGUGUCUAUACUCUUUGAAUGAUUAUAAUACGAACAUUGUUAUAUAUAUCUUACCAAUUAAUAAAAUGAUUCACCUGCUCACCACAAAUUAUCAUCCUGUCAAUCCCAAUCCCUUAAAUCCAAAUGAUCCAGACAGCGCUGAAUACUCAGAUUACCCCGUGGACGGUGCUAUCUUAGGAUAUUCGGGUGACGAAUAUGAUUUGAGUAUAAGGUAUGGCAGAGACGGGAGUAGGCUAAAUCACACGCAUGAUAAGCAGUAUAAUUACGUGUACCAGACUUUACUACUGUGGAAAGAGAUUUGCACACAGUUAUACAAUUUAUGGUACUGUGCAGAGCUGGAUUUACUAAGUGAUAGUAACAGAUAUCAACUCAAGAACACAGGACAGGGCCUAAACAGGAUCCAGGAAUGCCAUAACGUAUACAACAUCAUGAGGAAAAUACUAAAAAAAGUACAAACUAAACUUAAUUAUAUUAACUGGAUCGGCUCAAGCACUAUACACCUGGGAGACCAUAACGUCCCCAACUCCCUUCUAUUCAUCGAUAAAUAUCUACAAAUCCCUAGGAUAUUAAUCCCUGUAUUGAAUUGUGUGGAUAGUUUACCUCGUUUAUACACGUCAAACACUAAUAUUAGAUCAUAUAUUGACAAUGAGUUUGGUUCGAUAACUCGUUUGAAGAUGACGAUUUUGACUGACUUCUUCAGACAUGGCUUUGACGGCUCAGGCGCUGAUAAUUUCAACGACGCCGGCAGCUGCAUUGACGGCAGACUCACAUCCGCCUGGAACUGGUGUAACCAAAUCGAAAAGAAAAACUACUACAACUUCUUCCUCCUCACCGGCUUCAACGGAUUCGACGGAAGAUUCAACGAAUAAUAUCAGAAGUUUGAGGAAAGAGGCGAGGUUGAGUUUGAUUGUUGGUAGGUGUGAGAUGAGGUUUGAGAAUUC